AUGAAAGCGCAACAGACAACGGGAGGACCGCAGGAACACGACCACAGGACAAGUGAGCGGGACAGGACAGGAUCUGGGGGACAGGGCGGACGGACAAAUACAGAAACAGUCGAGGCAGGACAACUAAAUACGCGAACCGCAAAAACUCAUCGUCAAGGAGCGACAGAAACGGCCUGGGAAAUGGGGAAAUGGUAAGGGGGGGGAAUCCAACUAUGCAGCAAUAAUAAAAUUCACGGGAACUGA